GAAUAUAUGUAUAUUUUUUAAUGAAUUUUUGAUAUAAAUCAAUUUUAAAUUAUUAUUUUAAUUUGAAUAUAUAUAUCAAGUAACAUAAAUUCAUUACUUUUUUUUCUAACUUACUGCUAUCCAUGUUUCUAAACAUCAUUAUAUUUAUUUUUCUAUUACUAUUAAUGUUGUCAAACAAAAACUUAAAGUACUUCUACUUUAAUAAAAUAGAUUUCAGAGUUUUAAUGGCAGUUUUCUCUAUACAUUAGUUAAAAGUAGACCUUGUUAUUUAAUGGUUUUGUACUAAUAACGUUUAUCUUUGUUAAUUCUAUAAAUUAAAACUAUCUUAAAGAACUAAAAUUGAAGAUGGAGUCUGAAGAUGACUUUGUGUGUUGAAAUAAUCCUUUGGUAUUCUCAUAUUUAAAUGUAUCGACCAAUUGAUUAUUGUUUGAUUCAUGGGUAGUGGACAAUUAGUAUACUGUUGCCGACAGUCGCUCCAAUACUAUGGGAGAUCAAGUAAAUUAUAAAUUAAUACGUGAUCUGAUUAUUUUAAGAGAUGCGUAAACACAAUGAUUUAGGUUUACGAUCAUCUUUGUUGGUUUUUACAUUAUUCCUUUUUAUACCAUAUUUUAAAUUAACGAUUGUGCAAAAUUCAAGUUUUAUGACGACAUAAAGCAUUAAGCAACACAAACAGAUCGACUUUUUUGCUAACACAUAAAGAAAAGAGAAGUAGUUAUUUUGCUAUUUAAAGUCCUUUUUGUCAGCUUUAUUCUAAUUAUAAUCGUUGUUGUUUUAUAUGGAAAAGAGGAGAAAGUGACAGCUCUCUCUCACUGAUUGAGUUAAUGAAUGAGAGAAGUGACGUCAGAUUAGCAAAGCCAUGGCUACGAAAUCUAACAGCUGCACACAUGUCACAUUUCUCAUCCACUGCAGCCUAAAGUUAUCCUUCUGUUUUUUUUUUUUUGAGCAACAGUUAUCCUUCUGUCUAAAACUCUUUUUAGACCAUCUCAAUGUGUUUUUCUAUUUUCCUAAAAAACGAAUAACUUUACAAUAAAAAUAAAAUUUACUAUAAUGUAUCGUUUUUUUGUCAACACUAUAAUGUAUCAUUUAAACAACGUUUUCUCUAUAUUUUAAAAUAAAAUUAGAAAAUAAUGUUAUUUUUUUCUAAAAAUAUGAAAAUAACAUUAAAAAUAUAUUAAAAUAAAUUUACCUUUAAAUCAAUAAGAGAAUCAUUCCCAAAAAUGUACUUAUGAAAAAUUAUUAUACUUUUUUAUUAACUAAUUAUUUUUUGUCUUACUUUAUAUUUUUCUAAUUAUAUAAUAUUUAAUACAUUUAAUUAAUCCUAACAGUUUAAUCGGUACUCGAGGAACUUAAUUUUUAAUUAUUACUCGAUUAACUUUGGUGAACCAAGUUUAUAAAUCAUUUUUUGGACGCAUACUAACUGGACUAAAGAAUUAUUAUACAUAUAUAAAAUUUCAAUAUACUAAAUAUCAUCAUUUCUAAACAUGUCUCAUGAUAUUAUUAUAUACUUUCAGAGCUUUUUUAUGUUAAGCUUUUUUUCUCUAAAUAAAAAAGCUUUCAUUAAUUUGAGUAUUCAAAUAUAUGUUUUGGUAUUUCAAAUAUUUAAUAAUCAAAAAAUAUCCAAAAUGGAUCCUAAAACUUAAAAAUACCUAAAAAUAUUCAAAUACCCAAAAUUUUAUCCAAAAUUUGAUCUGAAAACUUAAAACUGCCAAAAUAUUUAUCUGAAUACCUGAAUUAUAUUUUUGAAAAUAUGAAAUUGUACCUUAAACUCGAAACUAUAACCGCAAACUCUAAUCUGAAAUAUGAAAAGAUAUUCGUAAUACCAAAAUAUACUAUAAUACUCAAAUAUGAGUAUACAACUAAUUUAUACAAGAAAUUUUGGAUAUUUCAAAUAUCUGAUGAGAUCUCGGGUAGGACUAGACCUGAAGGCCAAAUAGGUAUUUUAGCCUAAAUUUGCUUAAUCGAACAUGUAAUUUUUGGUAUGUUCUGAUUCGAGUUUUUUUAGAGUAAAAUGUUCAAACCUAUGAAAAACUAGCAUAUAUUUAUUUUUUUAAUUAUAGUUUAAAGAAUGAAAACGCGGAUCAAAAUCUAGUACUACUAUUAAAAACAAAUAUAUAAAUAAAUAGCCCUUAACUUUUUUCAUAGUUCUCUAAAUACUUAUUUCUCUCAUCUAAUUAUAUUAUUCCAUGAAAAUAAAAUAAAUAUCACAUACUUUUCUCAUUAUUACCUCAUAUAUGAGGUGGUGGGGUCGAUGAGCAAAAGCCUCGUUAUUUACGGCUCAGUGAGUCACAAACACACGCCAAAAGCAGAGAACAACACAAACAAACACCAUUAAAAUAAUAAGGAACCUCGAAGAAUCUCUCCUCCAUUAAUGGAACCAUCUCUCUCUAUGCUGAUGUAGUUCCCACGAGCUUCAGAGCAAGCUUGUACCGCAAUUUCCUCUAACAGAAACCAUAUCGGCUAGUAUAUACAGUCCUGAGUAUAUAUAUUUUAUUAAAUAAGUUUUCUUCUUUUUUAUAUAUUCCUCGGUGGCUUAAACCUUCCUCUCCCACAAUACAACUCACGGCUUAACCUCUUUGAAAAUCUCAUACACUCUUCUAUAUUGCUUGAGGCUCCAGGUUCAGCUCUACAACUUACAAGUUCAUUUCUUUGUUUAAUGGUGUUUGUUUACUUUGAAUAGCUUUGAAUCCCUAUCACCUCCUGAAUUGUGCUGUUGCUGCUUUAAAUAAUGUUAGUCGACAAUACAGUAGUUUAAUUUUUGGAUUUAAGAUUUAUUUAUUUUCUUUUCCCUGCGGUGAAGUUUGUCUUGUUUAGUUUUGGAGAUAGAGCAUAACUUGUUGGGAACAUAAACAUUUAGUGAAUCUAAUCUGGUGUUUUGUGGUUUAUUCCUUGUCUUCUGUAGAAUACGCAUGAAAAAUUGAAAACUGAACCAAACUGAUAAAAGAUCAGUAUUACCAAGAAACCAAACUUUGUCCUUGUGUCAGUCUAAUCAUCAAAAGAAUGGAUAACACUUCUCCAGAUAUUCCAGCAGAAGAAAUGGAUGGUUGGGUUAAGAAUCUGAUCUCUGAAGAAGACAUGUUUAGCUCUUCUUCAGACCUUGUGAACUUUGAAUCUUUUGCUUCUUGGUGCAACACCCCUUCCGCUUCUGAUAUCUUGUUCACUCAAUACGGCUUAACCAACUCUCAAUCCACUACGCCUACGCCUUUUGGAGGUUUCACUGCAUUACCUGCAGAGCUUUCUCCUUCUUUCCAUGGUUUAGAAAGGUGUUACGUUGGCGAGAAAAGACCGGUGCAGGAGAUGAGCUCUCAGCUUCAUUACCUAUCAGGUAAAAGAAGCAAGAGUAGUGCAAUAGAGUGUAGUGUUCCAAGGUCAUUGAGCUACUCACUUGAUGAGAAGAUGCUUAAGGCGUUAAGUUUAUUUAUGGAGUUCUCUGGAGAGGGGAUUCUGGCUCAGUUUUGGACUCCUGUUAAGUCUGGAGAUCACUACAUGCUUAGUACUUGUGAUCAGGCUUACUUGCUUGACUCGAGGUUAUCUGGAUACCGUGAAGUGUCGAGAAAGUAUACAUUCUCUGCAGAAACAAGCCAAUACUCUUCUCCAGGUCUUCCAGGGAGAGUCUUUAUCUCCGGAGUUCCUGAGUGGACAUCAAACGUGAUGUAUUACAAGACAGCUGAGUAUUUAAGGAUGAAGCAUGCUCUAGAUAACGAUGUUCGUGGCUCCAUUGCAAUUCCUGUUCUUCAAGCAUCUGGUUCAUCUUGUUGUGCUGUCCUUGAACUUGUGACAUGCAGGGAGAAACCAAACUUUGAUUUGGAGAUGGACUCUGUUUGCCGUGCUCUCCAGGCUGUGAACUUACAAACAUCAACUAUUCCUCGCUGCCAGUACGUUUCAAGCAACCAAAAAGAAGCUUUGUCUGAGAUAAGAGAUGUCCUUCGAGCAGUGUGCCAUGCACAUAGGUUGCCUCUAGCUCUAGCUUGGAUCCCCUGCAGCUACUCGAAGGGAACCAACAAUGAGCUGGUCAAAGUCUAUGGGAAAAAAUCAGAUGAGAAUUCUCUUCUUUGCAUAGAAGAGUCUGCAUGUUAUGUGAAUGACAUGGACAUGGAAUGCUUUGUAAAUGCAUGCAUGGAGCAUUAUCUGAGCAAAGGGCAAGGAGUUGCAGGCAAAGCAUUCGUAUCAAACAAACCGUCUUUCUCAUCCGAUGUAAAGACAUUUGAUAUCAGCGAGUACCCUCUUGUUCAGCAUGCUAGAAAGUUUGGUCUUAAUGCUGCAGUUGCUACCAAACUAAGGAGCACGUUCACUGGGGACAGUGACUAUAUACUCGAGUUUUUCUUACCUGUAAACAUGAAGGGAAGCUCAGAACAACAACUUUUGCUAGACAGUCUCUCUGGUACGAUGCAGAGAAUAUGUCGGACUCUGAGAACUGUUUCAGAUGAAGUUGGACUUUGGAGUGGAGACAGAAUGUUAAAUCUUACACAAUCUACUGUUACAGAAGGAAGCUUUCAGACAACAUUGCUUGAUACAGAUCUCAACUAUACUAGAAGUGUCUUCUCGAGUGAUAUAGCAGGUUCUCAUGGAACUCUUCAACAGGAAACUAGCGGAGCUAGAAGACCAGAGAGGAAGAAAAGCAGCACAGAGAAGAAUGUGAGCUUAAACGUUCUCCAACAGUACUUCUCUGGGAGCUUAAAGGAUGCUGCAAAGAGUCUUGGUGUUUGUCCGACUACACUCAAACGGAUAUGCAGACAACACGGAAUCAUGAGGUGGCCAUCUCGCAAGAUUAACAAAGUGAAUAGGUCACUGAGGAAAAUACAGACAGUGCUGGACUCUGUCCAAGGUGUAGAAGGAGGACUAAAGUUUGACUCAGCGACAGGCGAGUUCAUAGCAGUUGGCUCUCUUGUUCAAGAGUUUGAUACUCAAAAGAGUCUACCAUGUCAUCAUGACGAUGCAUUUUUAAAGAGACAGUGUGACAUGGAUGAAGAUGUGUCUUUAGAGCUUUUGAAAGUCAAGUCUCAUGAUGGUGGGAAGGUUAAGUUGGAGGAUAGUGUUGAAACAAAUGAAGCAAGACCUGCAGGAUCUUUGAUGGAGCCAUGGGUAAGCAAACAGUCUGGCUUGAACUAUAGUGAUGAUUUUGAUAUAGGGACAAGGAGUGCAGAUGUAAAGAAAGAUAAAGACCUUGGUGUCCGUAGGUGCCUGAGCUCUCUAGCACUUGCUGAACCAAACCCAUCUAUCUCAAGUAGCAUGUCAGAUUCAUCAAAUGGUUCAGGAGCAGUUCUUGUUAGAAGUUCAUCUACUUCCAUGGAACAAGAUCAUAACCAAACAUUCAGAACUCAUAACAGUAGCAGCGAGAGUGGAUCAUUACUGACUGUUAAAGCAACUUAUAGAGACGACACUAUACGAUUCAAGCUUGAUCCAUUUGUGGUUGGGUGUUCUCAGCUAUACAAAGAGGUUGGUAAGCGUUUCAAGCUGCAAGAGGGCGCGUUUCAGUUGAAAUACUUGGAUGAUGAUGAAGAAUGGGUGAUGUUGGUGACAGAUUCUGAUCUUCAAGAAUGUUUAGAGAUACUAAACGGUAUGAGAAAACAUACGGUGAAGUUUUUGGUCCGUGAUAUACCUGGUGCUGCAAUGGGAAGUUCAGGAGGUAGUAACGGGUACCUCGGAACAGGUUCCUAGCAUCUGUGUUAGAACCACAUAGUAUCAUAUAUAGAAACACAUUAUAUCUAUGUUUGGUCUGACAUGUAGAAAGACGAAAGAUAUGUGUAGUGGAGUUGAAAGAAUGUAUAUAAUCAUAGAAAGACAGAUAUAAGAUUGCAUUUUGGCUUCAAAAUAAGUUGUAGAAGUAGAUCUUGAAUGAAUAUAUUGGCUUGUCUUUGGCGUUCCUGUA